GCUCGAGCUCGGUCAAUGUAGAGCCAUGCGCUUUGUUGGGGCGCUGGCGCUGCGCCUCAUUCUGGCAAGCGGAAGCGCCCCGGACGUCAAUGAGGUGGUGACAGAGGCGGUUCAGAAGGCCAAGGAGGCGUCAGACGCUGCGGGCGACGCCAGCGACGUGGCGCGCCGCGCUGCGAGCCAGGUGCGGCAGUUGCAGGGCGAGCUGCCGCAGCUCUCCGCGAAGGCAGAGGAUGCCGAGAAGACCGCGGAGAAGGCCUUGAAGCGAGCUGAAGACGCCCAGAAGCAAGCGGAGGAGCUCUUGAAGUCCGUGGAGGAGAAGGCCUACUCUGCGGCUAAGACUUCAGCAAGGAGGGAGUUGGAGCGCUUGGAGGGCGAGGCGGGCGGGUUCUACCAGUCCUACCUGGCCAACAUGAAGCUGGCGCGUGUGCCCGAGCUGGACUCCGCCGCUCAGGCGGAAGCGGUGAAGGAGGCCAAGAAGCCUUACCUGGAUGCUGAGCAGCAGGUUGAAGCUACCGUGGAGUCCUACAACAGCCUUGCCAUCUCGCUCGCGAAUGAGGUGGUGAUGUACACGGACAAGGCCAAGAAGCUGGCGGGUAUGGCCGUGCAAGAGCAGGAGACGUCAAGCCCAGUGCUGGCCGCGAAGCACAUGUUGGAGGCUCACAAGUUGAUGCACAUCGCAAAGGAGAAGAAGGCCCGGGCGCUGCGGGUGAAAGAACUCGCCGAGCGCCUGGCCAGCGAGACGCUGCCCAGCUACCAGCAGGCGGUGGAGACGGCGGCCACCCACGCCGCAGCAGCCUUCGCGGGGCUGCAGCUGAAACAGCGCUCCACUCGCCUCCGCCGCGCGUGAGAGGUUCUCGGAUUUUCGCCGCGUCCGACAGCGGCGGAACCAAAAC